UCUUAUAAAUUUAAUUACUAAAUUCUGCUCGUGGGCUCCUGCUUGCACAUUCUUCUCCAAAACAAAAUGAGAAAAUUUGCAAAUUUGGACAGCUAGAAAUGGCUAGUUUUGCGCUCAUUUCUUUGGAGAAUAAUUACAAGGUUGAUAUCUCUGAGGGCAAAGUAACUGUCGGACGCGGACCCUACCUCAAGAUAACAGACAAACGCGUCUCCAGAAACCAUGCAACUCUUGAGGUGUCGGAUGCCACAUUCACCGUUCUGCCAACUCACACAAACCCUACUUUUUACCAAGCGUGUGGAGAUACAAAAUUUGAACCUCUGGCAAAAGAUGAGGUGAAAAAACUUCAGGAUGGCGACUGUAUUUCAUUCUUGCCAAAUGACCUCAAAUUUAAAGUAGAAAUCAGGGACAAUGGUAGCAUUAAGAAAGAUUUGGUUGCUGAGGAAAGUCUUGAAAGCAAGAAUACAAAUGCUUCUGAUUUGAACGAUAAUGUGCUUGAAACUAAUAACAAGGGGUCGGAUGACAAGAAUUUAAGUGCAGAAGGUGAAGAAAAGAAUUUGGAAACCACUAAAGGUGGUAGUGAGGUUGGCCAGUCUCCAGGUGGUAAGGUGUGCAAGUCUCCUGGUGAUGAGGUCUGCCUGUCUCCUGGUGGUAAGGUAGAGGUGUCUCCUGGUGAUAAGGUGGGGUUGUCUCCAGGUGGUGAGAUGGGCCAAUCACCUGGUGGUAAAUUGGGCAAGUCUCCUGGUAGCGAGGUGGACCAGUCUCCUGGUGGUAAGGUAGGCCAAUCUCCAGGUGGUGAGGUGGACCAAUCACCUGGUGGUAAAUUGGGCAAGUCUCCUGGUAGCGAGGUGGACCAGUCUCCUGGUGGUAAGGUAGGCCAAUCUCCAGGUGGUGAAGUGGACCAGUCACCUGGUGGUAAGGUGGACCAAUCUCCUGGUGGUGAGGUGGACCAGUCACCUGGUGAUAAGGUGGGCCAAACUCCAGGUGGCGAGGCUUCCAAAAAAGAAGACUCACCAGGAUUAAGUGAUGAUGCAGAGGAAUCUGACGAAGACUUUGAUGAAGAUCAUGAUAAGAUGGAGGUGGAAGGGACAGCUCAACCUCUAAACAAGAAACGAGUUUUACCAGGCUGGAUGGCAAAAGGCAAAGAACCCCAGGAAAAUUCUGCGAAAAGCGCAAAUAAGGGAAAGAAGGUCAAAGUUAGUGCAGUUGAGGAAAAGGUGGACAAUGAUAUAGUGAAGUCAGAAGAUGUUUCAAAGGAAAAUGAUAAAACUGAAGAAACAGAACAAAAGGAUGACAAAGAAGAAGUUCCAGCUGAAAAGGAUGAUCAGGAAGAUGCAAUAACAGAGGAGGAAAGCAAGAAAAGAAAACGAGAUAAGAAUGAGGAUGUUGAACAGUCAAGUAAAAAAGAAAAGAAGUUACCACUUUGUCCUUAUGGGGCCCGGUGCUAUCGGAAAAAUCCUGUUCAUUUUCAAGAAUAUUCGCACGAGCAGGAGGAAAGCGAUAACGAGGAGAACUCACCAGAUGAUCGAGCGGAGUGUCCCUACGGAGAAUAUUGCUACAGACAGAAUCCACGUCAUCGCAGAGAUUACAAGCACACACCUCAACCGAAGACACGAGAAAGAAAAGCAAAGAAAAAAGCAGGCUACGGAAAAAUCCGAGACAACGACGAAGAUGCUCCGAAUGAUUACGACUUUGACGAUAGUUUCAUCGAUGACGAGAGCAGCGAGAGUGAUCACGAAGCGUCUGACAACGACAGUGAUUGGCAGCCAUCGGGCGGUGACGAUGACGAUGACGAUGAAGGCGAGGGUGAAGAUGUCAGAGAGCUGCUGACCGAGGCAAGAAAUUUUACAAAAAAUAAGAAAAUGAUGAGGCCGACUUGAGAAACCACAACGCUAGGGCGGUUGUUUAAAAUAGUAGUUGAAAGUUAACGGUGUUUAUAACGGGAAAGUUAGCUGAAUCGCAGUCAGAUUUUUUAAGGAGGUUACCUCGAGUACGUGGAACCGCCAUGUGGUGUAUGGAAAGAAAUAUCGUUUAGCCACUCUCUGCUCUGACUUGAAUUAAAAAAAAGUAACCCUUUGAAAGUUACUCACUCGAAGAUCUCCAGUUAAAUUCAAAUACGAUUUUUAUACAACCGCCCUUAGAUUUUUAUUGUAUAGAUGUAUUUAGGACGGUUGAAUAACCGUUAUAUUAGAGCCGAUGUAGUUUUAUCAAAUCUAUGUAGAUUUUAGUGUAGUUAGUUACUAUCAAUAGAAGAUUUCGAAUCGAAAUUCCACUAAAAACUCUUUGAUGCUACAGAAACGCCAGUGUUGAAGUUUGUUUCUGCUUCUGAUGAAGUUUUCUUUUAUGGAACAUGAUACGCAGAAAGCUUUUUGCAAAUCCAUCGAAACGUGUGCGCUUUUACAUGUCACACUCUUGCAUGGUAGGAUUUUAUGUUACCUGGUAUAAUCAAUAGAAACAUGGUCUGAAAACUCUGCUGUUUCAUGUUGAUUCAAACCUGAGCAUGCAAGGCAGAGGCAAUGCAUCACUUGCAUAAUAUAAAGCAGUCUAACCACACCACUUCCCCGUCUCUGUUUCUCCCAAGAUACUCUACCGUGGUUUCGAAGCAAAAUUUCAAAAGAUUUGUGCACGAUGUAGGCCGUUUAAAACAAAUUUUUGCUAAUAGUAGAGGCCUUAAAAGUUUCUUGAUCAUGUCUUCAUAUAGAACAUGUAAUAAUUUACGCUUUUAGAACACCGUAUAUAAUCUGCUGCGUAGAAUCCUGUAUCAGCGAAAAUAUAUAUAGCAUUGUAAAGAUAUAAAUGUAGAUAUUAAAGAUUAUCGAGAGAUCUGAUGUCGUUAUG